UGUCAGACGUGCAGCAGACAUUGUCAGCAUAGGUUGAGAAUUGUAGAGUAGCUCCGGUAAAAAUAUCAAAUCAAGUAACAAGAAGUAAAAUGGUGUCCGCCGUGAAAUGCAGUUUGGCCGUGGCCGUUAUGAUUAGUCUGGCCUGUUCGGCCUAUGCCAUCAAGUGCUACCAAUGCGAGUCGCUGACAACACCCAAAUGCGGCCUCAAGUUCGAGGAGGAUGAGACUCUGCUAAUGGAUUGCGCCAGAAUCGGUCCACCGCGCUAUCUGCAGAACUUCUUCCCACUGCGCAACGCGACCGGCUGCAUGAAGAAGACGCUCGAGAGCGUUGUCGGCCACCCGCAGAUCGUGCGUAGCUGUUACUUUGGCGACGUAUCCAACAUCCAGACUGGCUGUCAGUCGGAUCCCUCGUUGCCCUUCGUCAAACAGUUGGGCUGUGAUGUCUGCACCAAGGAUGAGUGCAACGGCUCCGCCUCCCUGGCCCCCAUUGCUGGAGGUAUCCUGCUAUUCUUCGGAGUGGCCCGCUUGCUGGCCUAGAUCUCUAGUAUUUGGCUUUAGUUCUUAACUUUUGGUUGUAUUUAAGUAUUUUUCUGUAUCAACUGCAAUUUUGAGUUUGCCCCAUAGUUGUAAAAUAAUCUCGUUUAAAUUUGUGCCUGUCCCAUUUGCAAUUGCAAGCAAUAAAAUAUUUAUGGAUCACUUAAACAA